CGUCGAAGGGAGGCGAUUGUCAGUGUUGCCACAGCGAUGAUGUUAAAGCGUUAUAUUUGUGCUGUGAGUCAACGGACUACUUUCACUGGUUAUCAGAGGAUUGUGUUGGGGAUUAACUAUCAGUGAGGCGUCCUCAGGCUCUCCAGCUAUGGUGCCAUCCCGCUUUUAAAGUUUUUAAAGGAUGCACACAACACGCAGCCCUUCGUCCAUCCCAUCAGGUGUCUCAGGAGACGCCCUGGAUCUCAGCUUGUCAGGCUCCCAGCUGUCUAUGUCCAAAAGGCCCAGCAGUGCGUCGCCGGGGAAAUGCUUCUCUCGCUCUGUUUCGGUCUCUGUGGCGGGCGAUAGCAGAGGCAAACGCAACACUUUAAGCGACACCAGCUUUGGCAGCUCGCGAUCCAUCAAGAACUUGAGGCGGUCCAACAGCACCACGCAGGUCAACCAGCAGGCCAACAUCAGUGAGGACCAGAGGGAGGACUACUUGGCCCUGUUUGACAGCAGCUCCGAUGGACGCAAGAAGUUGGCGAGCCUGAGCAAGACCUCGCCAGACAGAACCACAUGGAACAUCCUGGACGACCAGCCGAGAGCUUUCCCCCCGCACUCGAGCUCCCGCAGCACCGGCAGCGUGGACUCUCCCACCAGCCUGAAGAAACGAGAGCCUGGCAUCGCUCUGGCUGCCAGCUUCACUGCCAACAACAGGAGCAACAAGGGAGCUGUGGGUAACUCCGUCACCACCAUCUUACACAAUAACUACUCGGAGAAGCCGCUCACACCUAAGAGCUCCAACCAGAAGCCUUCUUUCAAUAACAUCCUGAAAGCCACAGCGAACGACGAGGUGUCGCUGGAGAGCGGCUCCCUCACUAAGUCCCAGAAAAAUUUCUCCACCACCUCCCCCGCCUCCAACAACAAAUCCCCAGUGUCAGCUCAGCGCGGCAGCCCUGUCCUGCUACGGAGGAGGGAGGUGACAGAGGAGGAGGCUGAAAGGUUUAUUCAGCAGGUGAAUCAUGCGGCGGUCACUAUUCAGCGCUGGUACAGACACCAUGCCAAGAGGCGACACGCUAACCAGGCAGCGCUCAAACGCAUCCUUGACAGUAAAAGAAAGGAGUGGGAGGAGAGAACAGAGGAGGAGAGGCGCCUGGAGCAGCAGCAGAGGAAGGACGAAGACAGGAAACGGAUUCGUGAGGAGAAGGCUCGUCUUGCCCGCCUCGCUGCCAUCCAGGAGCUGCAGCAGAAAAGAGCUCACAAGGCUGCAGCAGACACACAGCAUGCAGCAGAGGCGGAGCCUGAAAACCUGAGGCAGACCGCCGUGGUAGGCCGAAAGAAACUGCCCAAGAUUUCCCCGACCAACAAAAGUCCAGCCUCACCGAGCAACAACAGCCUGAUGUCGCCCACAGAUGUUAAGACGAAGAACACAGACUCUAAUCUGAAUGUUGUGGCUGACUUGGGUGAUCUGACCUUCAGAGCCAUUUCCCCAGCUUUGUCCAAUCACAGAGGCUCUCAGUGCUCCCAGGAGGACCGAGCAGAGGAAGACAAUUCCCAGGAGCCACAUCAGACAAGUGAGAGGAAACCGAUCCGUAAGGAGAAAGCUCGCCUGAUCCGCCCCACUGCUACCAAAACAAACACGCCUGAUGGACCGCAGCACAUAAAAGCGCAGCAGGCCGCAGAGACGCAGCACACUCUGGAGUUGGAAAACUCGAGGCAGACUGGUGUGGGAGGACGUAAAAAAACGCCCAAGAUUUCCCUGACCAACAAAAGUCCAGCUUCACCGAGCAACAACAACAACCCGAUGUCGCCCACAGAUGUUAAAACGAAGAACACAGACUCUAAUUUAAAUGUUGUGGCUGACUUGGGUGAGCUCAGCUUCAGAGCUGUUUCCCCAGCUCUGUCCAAUCGCAGAGGUUCUCAGUGUUCCCAGGAGAUCCUGCAGAGGUCGGUGAGCGUGGAGGACCAGAGGCAGGGAGCCUCAUCCAGCAGGGCUCAGUCUAAAACCACCCUCAAUGAGCUGCUGGACACCCUAAAGCUGUUGGAGGAGGAGCCGGAGAGGCUGUCGGAGCCGAAGUGCUACCGCAAAGAGAAAUACGCCUGGAUCGAUGAGGACGGGGACUCCAACUCUUUGACCACUGAUAACCUGGAGCGUCACGGCCAGCUGAGCCACCACCCUGCGCUGCCAGAUGGGGGCGCCCUGCUCUCUGAGGCCAAGCUGCAGAGUAUCAUGAGCUUCCUGGAUGAGAUGGAGAAGUCAGAGCAGGAGAGGCCACGCUCUGUCACCUCAGGAUCACACCGAGAGGCUGUUUUGUCUGAGGAGGAGCUGGCCGGUGUUGAGCAGGCGUCGGCCACUGCUGCCGAACUCACCGGCUCCAUGAUGAGGAUCAAACUGGAGCUGGAGGAAAAGAAACGCACCGUCAACAUGCUGCAGACCGCUCUGGCCCAGCAGAGGGAGCUGACGAUAAGACACGUGAAGGAGACGGAGAGGGAGCUGAGCAGGAACUUCCAGCUCCAGAAGGAACAAUAUGAAUCCACCAUCCAGAGACACCUCACCUUCAUCGAUCAGCUCAUCAAUGAUAAAAAGGCUCUGAGCGAGCGCUGUGAAGGAGUGGUGGGAGAACUGAAGCAGGUGGACCAGAAGUACACCAAGAAGAUCGCACAGAUGCAGGAGCAGCAUGAAAUGGUGUGGCAAAUUCUCGGUCCCUUGUGUGAGGAGAUCAAGAAGUUAAAAGACCUGAUGAGUGCCACGGAGAAGAUCCGACGGGAGAAAUGGAUCGAUGAGAAAACCAAGAAGAUCAAAGAGAUCACAGUCAAAGGCCUCGAGCCCGAGAUCCAGAAGCUGAUCUCUAAACACAAGCAGGAGCUGAAGAAGCUGCGGACGCUCCACGAGGCGGAGCUGCUGCAGGCGGACGACCGGGCUGCUCAGCGCUACGUCCGGCAGUGCGAGGACCUCCGUCAGCAGCUGGAGAAGGAGAAGGAGGAGCAGUGCCAGAGAGCGCGGGAGCUAGCCAAACAGAGAUAUGAGAAGCAGCUUCAGGAGGAGGAGGUGUCUCUGCAGCAGCAGCGCAGGCGUCUCUACAAGGAGGUCGCUGAUGAGAAAGAGAGGCUGGCCCAGCUGGCUGCAAGGCAGCGCGCUGAGCUGGAGGAUCUGCGGCGGCAGUUGGAGGAGAAUAGCUCUCUGGCUGGACGAGCCCUCAAAGAAGAGCUGGACAAGACCAGGGAGGAGCAGGAGAGGAGACAUCAGGUGGAAAUGAAGGCGUUACAGGAGCGUCUGGACAUCGAAAAGCAGACGUGGGAAGAAAACUACAAGAAGAAAGAGGAAGCGUGGCUGCUGACCCGUGAGCGCGAGCUAAAAGAAGAACUGCGAAGAGAACGUGACAAAGAGAUAGAGCUCGCCAUCUGGACGCUGGAGGAGGAGACCAGCAAGGACAAAGAGGAGUGUGAGAGGGCAGCGGAAAACAGGCUAAAGCGCGUGAGGGAAAAGUACGAGACUGAGCUGAGGGAGCUGGAGCGCUCUGAGAGGACGGCGGUGGCGAAGCAGCAGGACCUGAGGAAGCAGCAAAUGGAGACGGAGGGAGAGCUGAUCAGACUGCAGGCCGCACUUAGACAGAAAGAACAGGAAACUGAAGAGAUCACGCAGGCCAGGGACAAGUUGGCGGAGGAGCGCCGCAACCUGGCGGAGGUGAUAAGGCAGGAGUUUGCCGACCGCUUGGUGAUGACGGAGGAGGAGAAUCACAGGUUGAAGGUGGAGGUGUCAGAAGUCCGAGCGAGGAUGCGGCUGGAGGUGGAGAGGGUCACACGGGAGAAAGAGGAAGAACUGGCAGAAGUCCACCAACGAGUGAAAUCGGCCAUCUUGAAGAAGGAAGAAACCGUCAACAAUCUUCGGAAGCAGCACGAGGCCGCCCUGAAGAGGGCAGAUCACCUGGAGGCCCUGUGGGAACAGCAGAGGAAGCAGCUGCUGGAGAAGUGACUGACAGGAUGUCCAGUUUCAUCUCUCUGUGGACCUUUUCAUCAGCGUGCCCGUCCCGAC